AUGUCUCUUGGUUUGGAAAUUUGUAUAGACUCAUAUCACUCAGCCAAAGCAGCUAUAGCUGGCGGUGCUGAUCGACUUGAGGUUUGCAGUUCUUUGGCUUUGGGUGGACUGACUCCAUCUAUAGGGCUGGUACGUAUGCUGAAGAAAACGUUUCCUGAAGCUCCGUUAUUCUGUAUGUUACGAACUAGAUCCGGGAAUUUUAGCUACAGCGAAGAUGAUCUGAACGUGAUGAAAGAGGAUUUGAUUGAUCUGAAAAACGCUGGAGCUGCAGGAUUUGUUUUUGGUUUCCUUGAUGAGGAGUUUAAUUUGGAUGUAAAAACUUGCAAAGAAUUCAUUGAUCUUGCCGACAAGCUUCCUUGUACUCUUCAUAGAGCCUUUGAUGUGGCUCAAAAUUGGAAAAGAUGCUUGGAUGAAGCAGUUGAGAUAGGUUUCAAAUAUAUUUUGACGAGCGGACGGCAUGCAACUGCUAUAGAAGGAGCCAGUGAACUGUUUGAGAUUGUCAAUUAUGCCAAAACUCGCAUAACGAUUAUGGCUGGCUCUGGUGUGAACAGCCAAAACUUGAAGCAAUUGAUUGAUCAAACCAAUGCUCCAUGGUAUCAUGGUUCAGCCGCCAAGAAAGUGAUGGGAGAGACUAAAAACAAGAUUGCCAUGGGAUCAGCAGAUAUGGAUGAUCUUAAGUAUACUUGCUCGGAAGAAACAAGAAAAAUGAAAAAUCUUCUUUUAAACUCUCAUUGA